AUGUCAUACCUAAGCACCUUAAACUCCCUCCUCACAUCGACAACCUCCCGCUACGCCUCCCUCCGCCGCAACCUCACCUCCACCUCUGAAGACGACUCCAACAUCACCGACCCCGACGACUCGCACGUCUCCCGCGUCCUGCGCGCUUACUACACCGAAAAAGGCCGCCCGUUCCCCGCAUGGCUGGGUACAGAUCCGCGGGAAGCCGCAAGGGCGCAACAGAAAGAGAACCCAUACGUGACCAGCAGGCCCAUGGGCAGUCUACGUGGCAAUUCGAGUACGAGCGAUGCGGCAGAGAGACCGGGGCAAGGGAGAGGGCUGAGCGAUCUGUGGUCCGACUCCCCAGGCCCUGGCGCCCAGUCGCCGGUGGAAGAGCGAGGCAGUCUGCGACGAGGGCCACUGGGCGGGCGACGGAUGGGUGCGCAACCGCAGCAACAGCAAGAAAGUCUCAAUGUACGCCCACUGCCCAGUCAACGGGCUGGGAGCUAUCAGACGCAGAAUCCGGCAUAUGCUCAGCAGCAGCAGCAGCAGCAGUUGAGAGGUGAUGGGAGGAAUACGAGUAGUCCGGGGCCUCCGCCUGGGAGCUCGGGGAGUGGGAGUGCGCAGGAGAGGUUGAAGGCGAGGCUGGGGAGGGGGAGCUCCACGCGGUCGGUGGGAAGUGAUGAUGGGAAGGGUGGGCAGGGGCAGGGGGAGUUAUGCUACGCAGGGUUUGAGUGGAUGGCAGGGGAGGAGGUGACGAGACGAUAUUCGGAGAAGUAUCGGUGGGGUUGUAGUUAG